GUGGAGAGAGAAGAGCAGCGGAGAGAGGACACAACCUUGGGGCGCCCCAGUGCUGAUGCUGCGUGUGGAUGAGGUGGCCACAGAAUAUAUGUGCAUGAAUGAGAGAGGUGGUGCGGGAAGAGUGAGGCUCCAGGGAGAAGAGAUAGCAAGGGUGGAGGACUUUAAAUACUUGGGGUCAACCGUCCAGAGCAAUGGUGAGUGUGGUCAGGAAGUGAAGAAAUGGGUCCAAGCAGCUUGGAACGGGUGGAGGAUGGUGUCAGGUGUGUUAUGUGACAGAAGAGUCUCUGCUCGGAUGAAGGGCAAAGUUUAUAAAACAGUGGUGAGGCCAGCCAUGAUGUACAGACUACAGACAGUGGCACUGAAGAGACAACAGGAAGCAGAGUCGGAGGUGGCGGAAAUGAAGAUGUUGAGGUUCGCUCUCGGAGUGACCAGGUUGGAUAAAAUUAGAAAUGAGCUCAUCAGAGGGACAGCCAAGGUUCGAUGUUUUGGAGACAAAGUUAGAGUUAGCAGACUUCGAUGGUUUGGACACGUUCAGAGGAGAAAUAGUGAGUACAUUGGUAUAAGGAUGAUGAGGAUGGAGCUGCCAGCCAAGAGAGCUAGAGGAAGACCAAAGAGAAGGUUGAUGGAUGUCGUGAGGGCAGUUGGUGUUCGAGAGGAGGAUGCAAGAUCUAGGCUUACAUGGAAAAGGAUGACGCGCUGUGGCGACCCCUAAAGGGACAAGCCGAAAGGAAAAGUAGUAGUACUACAUUACUUCCCACUAUUGGAUUAUUAUACUGUGCUUGCUUUAUUUCUGUUAGAGCUAGCUAACUAUGGUAAAUGUAUUUUUCCCAAAAAUGGCAAUGAUAUCAUAAUUGGCCAACGUUGCGUAAAAUGCAGAUACUCUGAAUUGAAAUCUAUACAUAUUGAUUUCAUUUAAACUAUUGUGACAAGUAGUAAACCCUACGGUGUAAUGUGUUUAUUUUGCUUGCCAAAUAGUUUUGUGUCACACUAAUCAAACUCAUGAAAUAGUGGUAGCGACACUGAAAAGGAAAACAAUUCAUGAGAAUACAGCUGUAAUAGGAGGGUGAAAAGUCAUAUUUUUAUGGGAAAUUAUAAUAUAAUGAGGACAAACAUAUAGUGGAUAUGCAGUAUAAAGUCUUCACACCCCUAUUCGAGUGCCAGAUGUUUGUGAUAUAACAAAUGACACCAAGAUGAAUCAUUUCAAAGCUUUUUGCAACGUUAAUGUGACCACUAACAUGUACAACUCAAUUGGAAGAGAGGAAGUAAAAAUAAACAGGUGAGAUAAUAAUAAUGUGCAUACCCCCUCUUCUUAUAAGUUGGGAUGUGGCUGUGUUCAGAACCAAUCACAUUUAAACUCCGGUUAAAUGCAUGUCAGGAAACAUCUGACACCAUUUAAAGUUCUGUGUUCGUAGGCUUUUAUUGUCAUUUUUGUAGUCCUAUCCAUGGUAGGCAGAGAGUACCCACAACAUCAAGGGUAUCUCAUUGUUGAGUUAUCAGUUCGGAGAAGGGUACAAUAAAAGUUUCAAAAUGUAUUACGGAAAACCGUAUAAACAGCCAUCAAGUGGAGAAAAAAGAGUGACAUUGCCAAGAAAUGUAUAUCCCUCCAAAACUGAUGAAAAGACUAAUAGUAGAAAACUUCAGGAAGGCUGCUAAAAGGCCGACAGCAACAUUGAGGGAGCUGCAGAAAUUUCUGGCAAGUACUGGCUGUUUAGUAUAUGUGACAACAAUAUUUGUCAACUUUGUAUGUCUGUGCUAUGGGGUAGUAUGACAAGACAGAAGCCUUAUCCUACAAAGAAAAAGAUCUAAGCCUGGAUACGUUUAGCAAAAACACUUGAAAUCUGCUAAAACACGUAGGAAAAUGUGUUAUAGGCUGAUGAAACCAAGAUAGAACAUUUUGGCCACAAUUCCAAAAGGUAUGUUUGGCGCAAACAGCACUGCUCACCCCCAAAAGAACACCAUAUCUAAAGUGAAGCAUGGUGGUCGCAGCGUUAUGCUUUGGGGCUGUUUUUCCUCCGCUGGAACUGGGGCCUUGGUCAAGGUGGAGGGAAUUUUGAACAAUUCCAUCUGUGGGGUGAUCUGAAGAGUGCUGUGCACAGAAGAUGCCCUCACAAUGUGGCAUAUUUGCAUUGUUUUUUGCAAACAUAAGUGGGCAAGUGUUUGUGGAAGAUGUGCCAUACUAUUAGAUUCCUACCCAAAGAGACUGAGUGCUGUAAUAUAUGAGGUUGUUUAAGGACUGGUGUGACUAAAGAUUUAUUCCAAAUCCAAAGUACACACUUUUCACUUUGAUGUAAUCCCCUUGGAGUCUAACACACUUUCCCAGCCUUCUCUGAAACUCCUGGAAGGAAUCUACCAAGAUCCUCUGCAGCGCCAGCGUCAUGGCCAUCUUGAUGUCGUCCACGUCUUCAAAACGGGUCCCCUUGAUGACCCCCUUGAGCGAAAGUGGAAAAACAAUCACAUGGAGUCAUGUUGGUUGUCAUGGAUGAUGAAGACGGGAGGUGCCUUCUCGAUGUGAUUUGUGACCCAGAAGCUCUCAAUGACUUUCUUCAUGGAUCUGAGACCCAUGGCCAUGUUCCAGAGGUCCAGCCUACAGUCCAGCUCUCGGCCAAUGAGGCGGCAGGCCUGCCCAGAGUCAGUGUUGACCUGGACUUCCUGGAGGAUGAUGACAUCCUGGGUGCAUCCCCCGACGGGGAAGGCGGGAGCAACGGCAUCGGGACGAACCACGAGCCCUGUGACAUCCUGCAGCAGAGCUUGGCCGAGGCUAACAUCACUGAACAGAGUUUACAAGAAGCCAAUGAAGAGCUGGACCUGGAAUCCUUUGGGAUCCCCGGCCUACCGCAGGUGGUUCAGACGCUGCCUGACACCAGCCUCUCGGCAGCCGGGGGGGCAGCCGUUGGUGUAGGCAUCAACGUCGGGGGGGCGGCGGCGGCGAUCUUUCCUGGGUCAGCCCGAACUGCCAACGCUACCCCUCCGAAUGCUACUGCUGAAAUGCUGGGCUCCGUGCUAGCUCAGCAAGGCCUUCAGCUCCAACCACAGGUCAUGAAUAAGGCCAUCAGCGUUCAGCCUUUUAUGCAGCCCGUGGGCCUCGGGAAUGUGACGCUUCAACCGAUUUCAAGUCUUCAAACUCUCCCUAAUGGGAGCCAGUCUGGACAUUUAGGGAUUGGACAGAUUCAGGUUGUGGGUCAACCCACAGUCAUGACUAUCAAUCAGUCUGGGCAGCCCAUCCUGACAAAAGCCAUGGGUGGCUACCAGCUGCAUCAGUCUGGGACAGAGGUUUCAGGGGCAACUACUCAAACAGGGGUUGGGGCGCCAGGAGGUGGACUUGUCAUCCAAAGCAACAAAACCACUUUGGGAUCCCCAGCUUUAAACGGACCGGCCACGGUUGUUAGCAGUACAAGCAGCACCAGUGGCGGCACCAUGACUGCUCCUGCUGGACUUUUGGGCUUUGGAAGCACACCUCUGAGUUCGGGAAUGGCACCCCAGUCUCAAACUCAAGGCCAAAUCAUGCACAAUGUGAUUAUCCAGCGUACACCAACACCCAUUCAGCCUAAACCUCCUCAGGGGGGAGCCCUCCAAACAAAACUCUUCAAGCCGCAGCAGCAGCAACAACAACAGCAGCCGGCGCCCCAAAAUCUGCAGAACGAUGCCACCAAGGCUCUUGGGCUUCAACAAAUUCCUGUUUCUGCAGCUCAGAAUGUAACUUUCCUUACUGGAAAACCCGGCUCGAACGUUGUACUCAGCACUCAAGCCACGACGCAAGGCUCGCAGUUCCAGCAAACGCUUUUCAAGCAACAAGCAGCGCAGGCGCCAGGCAAGCCUCUCAGUGUGCAUUUGUUAAACCAAUCGGGCAGUAUUGUUAUUCCCUCUCAGACAGUUCUGCAAGGUCAGAACCACCAGUUCCUCCUUCCACAGUUGCAAGCAGGUGGGCAGAUCUUGACCCAACAUCCCGGGAGUCACAUCAUAACCAGCCAGGGCCAUGGUGGGCAGCUCAUUGCCAACCAGAUUUUAACGGCAAACCAGAACAUCAACUUGGGUCAAGUGUUGGCUUCCCAGGGACAUCCUGGUGCUGCCCACAUCCUAUCCGGACCCAUUCAGCUCCAGCCUGGCCAGAUGGGAACGCCCACCCUGUUUCAGAUGCCGGUCUCGUUGGCUCAGACGCAGAGCCAGCCGCAGACCCACACCGUCUCAGGACAUGGCCCGACGGUCAUCCAGGGAAUGCCGAUCCAGAACUCCCUGACCAUGCUGGGUCAAGUGGAGGCCUUAAGCCCUGCGGUCAGCCUUCAGACAGCCCUGCAAGCCCAGACAGUGGGAGUCCCCAGCAGCAGCAGCAACAGCAGCAGCAGCAGCAGCAGCAGUAGUAGUGGUAGUGGCAGUGGCAGUGGUAGUAGUAGCAGCAGCAGCAGCAUCGGCGCAGCCACAAUGGCCCAAAGGCAACCCGGAGAAUGUGUCACUGUGUUGGGGACCUGCACUGACCAGGCCGCCCAGCAGGCCUCCAUUCUUGCCAUGCAGCAAGCUCCCUCUGCGGUCACCACCGUAUCGUCCUCCGCUCCGUCCAUGUCCACAUCUUCGCCAGUGACCGCGGUCGGACUGGUCCCUCACCAGGCUCAUCACAGCCCAGGGAGGCUUUUGUUCACCAACCAGGGCUCGAGCAUGAUCCUGAGCCAGGAGUCUCUGCAGAUGUUCCUGCAGCAGGUACCCCCCAGUGGACACCAGCAGCCUUUGAAGAUUCAGGGUAUGACCCCCUCGCCGGCCUUGACCAGUACCACAGCAGCGCCCCCUGUUGCCGACAGCCCCCAGCCCUCGCAGUCACCACUGACUCUGAGCCAGCACAUCCAGUCGCCGCACCACCAGCAAUCACGUCCUCCCUCGCAGCCCCAGCCACCAUCGCAAACGCCCUCCCGCUCCUGCACGCCCUCAUCUCAUCCACCGCCCCUCUUCAUCGUCACUGAGUCCCCCUCGCAGACCCAAGUGGCCCAGCCGCAGCCGACUCAAAUCCAAGUACAGCUCUUGCCUCAGCCUCGGCCCGCCUCCCAGCCAUCGCCCUACCAACAGCAGGAACAGCCUCCUAUGUCACAGUCGCCCAAACCCCUGACUGCGCACCCGUUCGCCACCCUUCCCACUGCUUCACCGGCCCCCGCCAUGUUAAAAGCCCAGGUUCCCGUCCACAGCCUGACAGCGGAUCAGCAGCAGCACCUGGCAUUGUUGGGUUCGCAAAUCCAGACGCUGUCAGCCAUCAGUCAGCCCUCGUUGCAGCAGAAGCAGCUGCUGGAGAAGCUCCACCAGAUCCAGCAAAGCAUUCUGCUACAGGUCAAGCAGCCUGCUCAGGCUCAGGCUCAGGCUCAGGCUCAGGCUCAGGCUCAGGCACAGGCACAGGCACAGGCACAGGCACAGGCACAGGCCCAGGCUCAGGCUCAGGCCCAGGUCCAGGUCCAGGUCCAGGCCCAGGCCCAGGCCCAGCCUCCUGCCAACAGCCAAUUUAGCACGCAGCAAGACGUCCCUGUCGACAAAGCGGUGAUCACCUCAUCGGCCAGCGCCGUAACACCCGCUCAGCUGGCCUCGCCGUUGCAGCCCACCGUGCUCAUUACAAGUCCUGCUAUAGCCUCAAGUGACUUACAGGUAGUCUCAGGAGUCCAGGGACCAGCUGGAGCCAAAGUGAAUCAGACUGUCGCUCCUGUGAGCCUUACUCAGCCUGCACAGAUACAGCCAAAGCCUGGAGUAAUCAGCUCAGUUGGAGGAAUGACUCUAGGUAAAGGUGGCAUGCAGAUCCACGUGUUAGGCACCAAUGUCACCAAAAUGCCUGCUCCACAGCCCCCCACUCCUCUACAACCUCAGACAACAGUGAAGGUGCCUUUCAGUGCGGAGCCCAGCAAAGAAGCCAGGUUCCUGGAGCAGCUGAGGAAACAUCAAGGCUUAGUGCUUCACCCAAACUACAGUGCUCCUUUCUACUCCUUUGAGGACACGCUGCUCCGACUCCUGCCUUAUCAUCUCUACCAGGGAACUGCCAACUCGUCUCAAGAUUAUCAGAAAGUGGAUGUUGAAUUUGAGAGUGUCUCCUCCCUGCUGCUGAAGAGAACGCAAGCCAUGCUUGAUAAAUAUCGCUACCUGCUCUUUUCUGAGUCAAAGCAAAGACUUGGACCCUCAGCGGAGAUGGUGAUGAUCGACCGCAUGUUCAUCCAAGAGGAAAAGCUUGCGUUAAGCCAGGACAGGAUUUUGGCCAAGGAGAGACCAGAGGAGUUUGUGGCCAACGCUCGCCUGUUGGAGAGUUUAUCUUCUUCCCAACAGAAGUCGCUCCUGGUGCAGCCCGCCUCCAACGUAGCAUCAGCUGCCGCUGUGGCCCCCCCACCGCUGCCAGAACCCGCACCGCCCACUCCGGCCGUUCCUUCGCACGUCCCUCCGAAACCCCCUCCUGUCCCCAGUCUGUCUCCAGAGCCAGCUCCUGUUCCUGUCGCCGUCCCUCCUGUAGCCCCUCCUCCCGCCUCCUUCCCCCCGACAAAACUGGUCAUAAAGCAGGGCGGUAGCGGGGCCUCGGUGUCAUGGUCCAGUAGCUGCCCCCCUCCUGCCAGGGCGGCCGAACUGGCCAGCCAGAGCCCUUCCUUGACGCGCACAACUGCAGCAUCAUCAAUCUUCUCCUCCACCUCUUCUAAAAUGGAUGACGACGACGACGCGCUCCCGCAGAGGACCAGCAAGCCCCCCAUCAAAACCUACGAGGCUCGGAGGAGGAUCGGCUUGAAGCUGAAGAUCAAGCAGGACCAAACAGGCUUCGGUAAGGUGGUCCACAACACAGCCCUGGACCCCGUGCACACCUCUCAGCCCAACACACCAAAAUCCCAACCCUCGUCCACUCCUGUGCCCGCCGGGGUCAUCAGAACCCAGUCACCUGUGUCGGUCACUACGGUGACCACUCAAUCCAACCUGGCCACCUCUUCCUCUCAGAGCUCGUCCUCCACGCAAAUGAACGGCACCCUGGACCACCACAACUUGGCCUCUGCCACCCCCGCCCCCUCGCAUACCACCUGCCGCCUCCCCCUCAGAAAGACUUAUCGGGAGAAUGUCAGUCCCCGUGUCCGGCCAGGCGUACCAGGUGGCGGCGGGGCCGACGACUCGGCGCCCUACCUGACCCCUGCGCACGAGAGGACGGUCAUAGCCAGCGUGAAGGUGGAGAAAAGAGGUCGGGACCCCAGCUCAGGCUUGCACCAUGUGGACGACGUGUUCAACCACGCUAUCAAGGGGGUCAAGGGAACCGGGGAGGAUUGCUCGGAGCAGGACGCCGACUUCCCCAAAUACAAGCGGACGAGCGGGAAAAACAAACAGAGGCAAGCGGGGACUUUUAGGAUGGACCAGCACGCGCCGGGGCCGCCUUCGCCGGAGUUUCCUUUGCUCCCUGCCAAGCGCUGCAAGUCGGACUCUCCCGACAUGGACAACGCCAGUUUCUCCAGCGGCAGCCCCCCCGACGCCUCCCUCAACGAACAUUUGCAAUGUGCCAUCGACAUCCUCAACCUGCAGCAGGAGCCCACGUUACGCGGGCACCACCACAAGGGCGGUAACGGCCGGACGCACCUGCGCUCGGUCCCCCCGCACAAACCCUCGGGGCUCCCGUCGUCUUCCUCCGCCUCAUCCACGUCGUCCUCCCUGGCCCAGCACCCUCAGGUCAGUGGCUGCGGCCACAACGGCAGCCUGGUGCGGCAGACGCAGAGCAGAUAACAGCCCCACCGCCCCCCGGUCCCACAUGAACUGACAAGGGGAGGGGGGCGCCCGGCAGAAUAGGGAGGGAAGGUUGAUGACUCUGCCAGGUUUGUCUGCGGAAUUUUCCAGUCAUAUGUUUUUGUUGUCUUGUUCUGUCCGGGCUUUUCCUUCUUUUGUCACGUGAUCAUGCCACACUUUCCAUUGUGUCUCCCCACAGUGUUUCCAAAUCAUAGUUACCCAACCUUUAGUGAGCCAAGGCACAUAUUUUACAUUUGAAAAAUCUCACGGCACAAAACCAAGUAGAAAAUCUGUUAAAAUUUCAGGAUGAACCUAAAAUGCACUAUGAAGUUUUCAAGUGAACCCCACCUCUUAACUUUUGAAUGCCAAACAGUACUUUUUGCACAACUUGCUGUUCUCUCACAAGGAUGUGAAUAGUAACAUUCAUGUUUGAUCUAUGAAAAUACCCAAGAAUGUCCACUUCUAUGCCUUUCUGACUCUUCCGGUCUUUUCCAAUAAAUAUCAUGGUUCAUUUAGAAUUUGUAUUUAAGUCCUUUUCAUCAUGCUGUUUUACAUUUUGACAUCAUGAAGACUAACAUUUGAUCAACAGUACCUCGCCUUUAAACAGGAUGAUCUCAAAAGGAAGUGACCACUGAGCUUAGAGUCACAGUGUCAUCAGCAGGUUGCAGCAGAGAUACAGAGACUCGAAGAGCCAAAGAAUGGCAUACAUGUUGGAAAUUUCUUUGACUCAAACGCCUGUUGUGAAUUAUUCUGUUCGGCUCCUUGUUACAGAACAUCAAGUUGUGCAACAGCAAAUAAUUGUACAUUCAAAGGUUUACGCAAAGUCAAAUUAAUUUACCUGUAAAGGCUCUUUUAGGGGAAAAAGCAUUUUAGGUUAAUCCUAAAAUUUUACUCGAAGGCCUGAUAUCCCUAACUUUUUGUGAGUCUUGUAUUUUACAUUAGAAAAAUCUCAUAGCACUAGAUCCGUCAAUAGGCCGCCUUUGCUUUAGACAGAGAACCCAGUCUAAAAUACUUACCAUCAACAUUGCUUUCAAUACAACAGGUGAGAGAAGUGACUCGCGAGUGUGGUGAUUCACACCCCUGUCCUGCCAUUCCGGCAUUCAUUUUCACAUUAAUUGUCUUGUGUUGCAGCCCUGCUUCUACCUCUGAAGGCGGACUUUUGACAGGUCUACAGAAAAGCUACCUGGAAAAAUAUGGGUUACAAAUCCCUGCUUUUAAAAGGGUCUUCUUAUUCUUGAUGCUCGAGUAGAGUGAUUCCUAACUUUAAAUGUGACCAAAAGGCCAAAAAAUUUAUGACCAAAGCCAGUUCACAUAUUUCAAAAAAUCUAAUGGCUCAGCACCAAACAAAAAUGCCACCAAAAGUAAAUAGACUGAAGUAAUGAUGUUCACGUCUCGAUUUACUCUACUUACUCAUGUGAAAGCUUGGUGUGUUUAGUUGAACACAAAUCUACCUUCUGCCAUCUAGUGGAAGAACAUUUAAUUGUUUUGCCUGUCGCUAUAAGGUCGUUGACUUACAUGAACAAAGAUUAAUUUGUAGUAUUUAAAUGAGCAUUUUUGGACCAAUAAAGUGAAAUUACAUAAUUACCCCCGGCAUAUCUGAUGAUCUCUUGGCACAGUGGUUGGGAAUCACCGUUUUUAACAACGGCCAGUCCAAAAUAGUGUCGUACAAACACAUUCAAUUGGCUUAUGAGCAUGUAGCACAAGCACUAUGACAAGGUUCUAAAAAUAAAUAACCUUUUUCAAGGCCCACAAAGCAGAAUUGGAUUUAUAGUUAUCAAAGUUAAAACAUACAGAUUCUCACUUUUUAUUUGUAUUUAAAUAUAUAUAUUAAAGCAAGUUAGUUAGACCUUGUUUGACCUCCAACCUCCGAUGCCUCGAUACAUUUCAGUCAGAAGGGGGCAGGCCAGGCUCAUCCCUAAACCCGCACCUCUCCCCCUUCCUCCCUAAUGUGAUACUUUUGUUUGUUUUUUAAUCCAAGCCCAGUGGACUAGUCCAACUCAAGUGCAGCACAAGCGUACACAAACGGUGGGGUGGCAUAGAGUGAAAAAGGAACAAUAAUAAUGUACAAAAAAAGACAGCAAGAGAAUUUGAAGUAUCUUAUUACAGAUUAAUUUUGUAUUGUAUUUAUUGUGUAUAAGGAUACUUUUUAAAAAGAAAUGUACAUUUAGUAAAACUGUAAAUUAAACCUUGCUUUUAUGAAUCA